CUCGACUGUCAUCAAACCCUUCCAAGUGAACUUAUCAACCCAUAUCGAUCCACCUCAGGAGACAUUACACACAACAACAACAUGUCUUCUCUCAAGCUGCGCUCCAGCGUGGCUCGCCGCCUGGAUGGCCGCGUCGCUACUCCCUUCCUGAUGUCUGCCAGACACAUUCACAGCACCCCUUCGGAACAGCAUAGUAUGACCGCUCCUCAGGUGGCUACUCUCCCCAGCCGCAUUCCUGGAUCCAAAACCACCAAGGCCAAUAAGACUCCUGCUCUCUCCGUUCUCCCCCUUUCCAUGGUGUUGAGAACUUACAUGAUCACCUCCAUCUCAUGCAAGCCUGCACUUCUUUCCGUCUGUUUCAAGGCUCUUACUGCCAUGCUUCACGCCAAGGGUCCGAUCUUUAAUGUCGAGCGCAACCCUCUGCUGAAGUUCCUGCUCAGAGAGACUUUCUACAAGCAGUUCUGCGGCGGUGAGACAAAGGCCGAAGUUCGCGCUACUCGCGCUCAGUUGCAGGGCCUUGGUUACUCCGGCGUCAUCUUCGAGUACGCCCGUGAGGUUCUCUCUGACAUUCCCUCGAGCGACACAGCUGGCGAUGUCGAGAUGUGGAGACAGGGCCUUCUCGACACCGUCGAGGCUGCUCAGCCCGGCGACAUCAUCGGCCUCAAGUGGUCUGGUAUGGGCGGCUACGCCAUGCAGCUUCUCAAGCAGGGCAAGCAGCCCAUUGAUAUUAUGGAGAAGGCCAUGAAGGAGAUCUGCGACGCUGCAUCCGCAAAGCGCGUCGCUCUCGUGCCCUCUGCUGAAGAAACUACCACUAACCCCAUGAUUGACGCCUGGACCUUGAACUUGCAGAAGAUCUACAACAAGCCUGAUAACAUCGUUCUUUACAACACCUACCAAUGCUACCUCAAGGGCGCACCUGCUUCUCUCUCCCAGCACCUCCACAUGGCCAAGACUGAAGGUUUCACUCUCGGUGUCAAGCUCGUCCGUGGCGCUUACCUGCACUCUGAACCCCGCGAGAAGAUCUGGGACACCAUCCAGGACACACACCGCGCCUACGACGGCAUGGCCGAGGCAGUCCUUACCCGCAGCUACAACAACAUCGUCAAGCCCGUCUCUUCCGAUGAUGGUGUCUUCCUCCGCAACGUCGGUCUUGUCCUCGCAACUCACAACGCCGACUCCGUUCGCAAGGCCCAAGCAAUCCGCACCAACCAGCUCCGCUCCGGCGAAGAGAGAGUCCCCUGCGCCUACGCUCAACUCCAGGGUAUGGCCGACGAGGUCAGCUGCGAACUUAUCAGCGCCACUCAAGCCAAGCCUGAGGAGAUGGUUGACAUUCCCCGCGCCUACAAGUUGACUGCUUGGGGCUCGAUGACCGACUGCCUCAACUACCUUCUUCGUCGCGCUGCUGAGAACAAGGAUGCCGCCACCCGCACUGUCGAGAGCAGAGAUGCUAUGCGCGGCGAGAUCUGGCGUCGCAUGAAGGCCACUUUCGGUAAGGCUUAAGCGUUCCUCUCUCGGACGCUCACACCCGAACACUUUUCAACUUUCGCGAUGAUGAUAAUGACGUUGGCAAAAACAUGGCAACUGGAUAGCGAUGAUGAUUUUCCUUUACCCUACAACAAGCAUUACAAAGGCGUUUUCAGCGAUGGACUGGAGUUACCUCCCUGGAUGGGAUGAUUCCCUUUUUCUUUUUCGGUUCUUUGUGCUCAUAGAUGCUGCUUUUACACCAUCAGGGCAACCCCUUUAGCGAUACCAAAUACCCACUUCAAGCAGAAUUGAAGAUGCAAUACAAACCCUAUUCAAGACAUAA